GUGUGAUCAACAAUCCCAUCACAAACCAGACCACACAUCUGGACGUCACUCAACAUUGUCAGCCAAAUUCAGACUCUCCUGGCUUUUGACGAAUAUGGUGUUUCGUGCAUUUUUUUGUUUAUGUCUCUGGCUUUUGGGAGGUGUGUCUGAUGUUUAUUCAGAUGAAAGAGUGAUAUCAGUGAUGGAGGGAGAUUCUGUCACUUUAAACACUGAUGUUACUGAACUAAAGAAAGAUGACCAGAUACUGUGGUCAUUUAGAUUUCACAGUUCAGAGACUCGUAUCGCUGAAAUCUAUAAACAGAUCAUCUCUAUAUAUGAUAAUAAAGAGAAUAAUGAGAGAUUCAGAGACAGACUAAAGAUAGAUGAGCAGACAGGAUCUCUGACCAUCACAAACAUCAACAAAUUACACUCUGGACUUUAUAAACUACAGAUCAUCAGUGGAGAGAUUAAACUCAAGAGCUUCAGUGUCGCUGUCUAUGGCAUUCUGCCUGUUCCUGUCAUAAUCAGAGACUCUUCACAACAUUUUUCAUCAUCAUCAUCAUCAUCAUCAUCAGUGUCCAGAUGUGUGCUGUUGUGUUCAGUUGUGAAUGUGAGUGCUGUGACUCUCUCCUGGUACAAAGGAAACAGUUUAUUGUCCAGCAUCAGUGUGUCUGAUCUCAGCAUCAGUCUCUCUCUACCUCUGGAGGUGGAAUAUCAGGAUAACAACACCUACAGCUGUGUGAUCAACAAUCCCAUCACAAACCAGACCACACAUCUGGACGUCACUCAACAUUGUCAGCCAAAUUCAGAAUCCAACCAGACUUCUCUUCUUCUAGUUGUGUUUCUCUUGGUCUUGCUGCUGUUAGUGAUCCCAGCUGUAGUUGUGAUGAUGAUCUGUCGACGCAGAAACUAUAUACAAGCCAAACAAGAGGGUAAGUUUUACAUACAACUAAAUAUAUAGAAGUGUC